CACGGGGGGCGACAGCUAGACGGGUGCAAGCCACGGUAAGGAUGGUAUCAUAGUGUCCAAUCACGGGGGGCGACAGCUAGACGGGGUCAAGCCACGGUAAAGGGGGUAUCGUAGCGGAGCCAGCGCGGAGCCCCUUAGGUAUAGAGAAAUUGUACUUAACUAUGCGACUCAGUUUUUUUGGUCAUCGCGCGGGUACCCUGUGGUGUCGCCCGUCUACCCGCCUGCCCGUGGAGCCAGCACAAUUUGCGAUAACUUCGUAAAACGUCACCUCAGUGAAAUCAUUAUACAAGAAUAUAUUUUAGCACUAUCCGAGAAUUCUUCAUACUUAAUAAAACCUCGAAAGGUACAGCAAAACUUAUUAUAAUUUAGUUUUUAGUGUUUUUGUAUUUACACUCACGGGAACCCUGCGUCUAAUUUUUCCCGCGUUUUUGUUCUUCUAACUCGCGGCCGACACCGGGAGUAUUGUUGAUAAAGUUUUUGCAUCAUUUUCGUUGUGGCUAAAACCAAGAAAGAAAAUCGACACAUCUUAACACUUAUAAUAUAAAUACGUUAAAACGAUGGACGGAAGAACAAACGAUGUGUUUGGAAAAAGAAGUGUUGUAAAACUGAAAUUGCGUGACGCGUGAAGUCAUGUUACCAGCCGGAGAGAUCGUUCUUAUCUUUGUGCUGUCCUUACUGAUGUUGACGGACCUAAUAGGGAACACGCUUGUGGUCAUCGUCGUUCUUCGCAGCAGGUCUCUUCGUACACCCAUGAACUUCCUUCUCGUCAACCUCGCCAUUGCGGACAUGAUGGUGGCGAUAUUCAUGUCUCCGCGUCACAUAUUUCUACCCGCAUUUACCCACCCUGAGGGCUAUACAGGAGACAUCGUCUGCAAGCUGUUGACGGGAGGGAACCUCAUGUGGGUGGGCGGGGCUGCCUCCUCAUUCUGCCUUGUUGCCGUGGCGAUAGAGAGGUACUACGCUAUCCUUUACCCGCAUCUAGACAAAGGACGCGUCACACGAUCUAGACUCAAGGUCAUCAUUCUGGUAUGCUGGUUAUAUGCCUUCGUAGUCGACAUUCCACCAUUUCUCGUCAUAUUCUAUAACCAUGACCGCCGUUUCUGCACCGAGUACUGGCCAAAUAUCUCGCUGGCAAGAGCGUAUACGAUCAUGAUGUUCAACCUGGACUUCGCGCUGCCGGUAGUGCUAAUGGGUGCUCUUUACUCCAGGGUUGUCUACCGCUUGUGGUUUCGACAGAAUAAUGACACAUCGCAUGCCCAGCUUGCGGUGGCACGCUCUAGAAAGAAGGUUACGAUGAUGGUUCUGAUAGUGACCGUGAUCUUCGGCUUGUGCUGGAUGCCUGUUCUCACCUUAUACAUGCUAUCGUACCACCUGCCAAACGACUUCGAGUACGCCUCCACCAUCCACAACGCCGCCGUCGUCUUCAUCUGCAUAAACAGCUCCAUUAACCCCUUCAUUUACACCUUUAAGAUGGGUGGCUUCGGUAGGGAGCUGAAGAAACUCCUGCGCCUUAAUAAGCAUCAUGGACUUAGGAUCAAAGUCCAGGGAUUUACUGGUGAUUCUCAUAUACUGUCCACGACCAAGGUGACGCCUCUUGAAGUUCGAACACCGACAUGUGUUGAUCUGCAAUCCGUAUCCGACGCUGACCAUUAGAUCAGCAUGAUUCACCAUUGCGUCCGGACCGCAUGGUGGAAUGGGGAACAUUCUACGUUAAAAAGUCCGGGUAGAUUUUGGAGAUGGUAAUGGUUAAAGGGCUGGCAGAAAAUGCGCCGAUUGGACUCUAACCAUGGAUGAAUGUGAUAUGAUUUUUAGCUUUCUAAUGAGGAAAGGUCUGACACAAAGGAGACCACUCUGACGCUAAAUCAUUCAAAAAGAAAAACGGACUCGUCUCAAAGUUUACCAACAGAGUUGUCGGGGACACAUGUUUGCGGCGUGUGGUAGGGUCUCUUGGAGGAAAAUUAACGGAUGUUAAAAUCAUGGGUCAAGCCAAAGGGGUUUUAAACUUCCUGAUGCACAUUUAGAUAACGAGAAUGACAAGAUUAUGGGUUAUGUUUACUGGUGACUCUUUCUCCAGUUCGGCACACGGAAGCUCACACGGUUGGGCUUAAAACCGGGCUAGUACUUCAAACAUUGUAGAUAAGUGUAAAAAAAUAUAAACUGCCAUGGUAUAAAAAUCCUAUUGAAGUCAGUUAUAGCAGUGAUUAUAGGUGGACAUUUUUUUUUAUUUAUUAUAGUAUUUCAGCUUUAAACGAUAAAAUUAAUGUACCCGAUUCAUGAAAAUUCUUACUAAUAAUAGCAUAUAAAUAUAUAAACCAUACUACCCCCAUA